ACCGUGUGCAAAUACAAAUACCGCUAGGCUAACGGUACCAAACAAAAACACAGCGCAAGACAAACGAUGCGCGCUCAAAAAAUUAACAACACCACAGCGUAGGCAAAGUGACUAACACUCAACGUAAAAUUGCCAAACAAAUCCAAUUCAAGCCAAUUGCGAACAGUUAACAGCCCAUAAACUUUAGAGCUAAAUAAUCAAAAAACAAAAACAAAAAGAAAAUAAAAAAUAAAAAUGCGACGGCAACAUUUGGCCAAGCAGCCAGGACUUGUGUUGCUGCUGCUGCUCCUGCCACUGCUGUUGCCACACUUGGGGGCGGAGAUUGCACAUACACCACUCUCGAGCAAUCGCAUCAACCUGGAGCCACUGGAGGAGUCACAAGAGGAGACGCAUCUCCUGCCGCCCAGCUGUCCGCAGCGACAGGCCUACGAGAAGAUGUUAAACAGCAUCGAUGAUGUCGAGGAUCUGUAUGUCGAUGUGCCUGUGCACAUUGCACUCGAGCAUCGCCAGAAGAAACGAUUUGUGCUGAAAUUAAACAACUCAACGCCACUGACGAUUCUGUUCUCAAUGCCCGUGGCACGUCAGAUUUACUACAAUCAGACAGCGAACGUUUUGCGUUUGGCAAAGGGACCCACCUUGGGCAGACUGAUCCUGCCCUGCGCCCUUCGCGGCCAAUACGAUCUGUUUGUCCAGGCGCGUCAGGGCGGUGCCCUCAAGCUGGAGGCACAGGCCAAGCAUCCGCACCAGAGCUGGCCCCUACUCAAUCACACACAUCGCAUCCAGAUUCGCACCCAGAAUCGUGUGCGCAAGCGUCAGCUGAUUGUCAAAUGGGAGCGAAGCAAAUUUGAUUAUCAUGCCAUGCACUAUUGCCUGGUGAUCCAGCGCACUGGCACUCUCAGCUCCAACACUCCUUCUCCUUCCUCCACCACCACCACCACUACCUCGGGGAGUGGCCAGGACUUUGCCAGUUUCUGUGAGGCCGUCUAUGCUUACACGAGGCAGCAGCAGCAGACGCAUUCACGUGCCGCCUCCGGCCCCUGCUCGACGGGCAGCGGCAACAUGCUGGAUCUGGUGUGGUCCCGGGCACCGAAGCGUGCCCGUCACCUGAAUCCGCGACACAGUCUGCACAUUGUGUGCACCGGCGCUCGGACACAGCAGCAGCUGAGGGGCCUGCAGCCCAACAGCAGCUAUCGUCUGCAGCUCUUUGGAGUGCAUCAGCGUCUGCAGAAUCUGACGCUGACGCUGGCCAGCAGUCAGGUGCACUUUAAUCGCACACAACCAACGGCGCUGCGGGAACAGGCGCUGUCACUGCUGAAGAUUGGCGGACUGCACGGCGUGCAGGUGUACAGCUUCAAGGUGCCUGCGACCAUGCCACCGCCACACUUUAUACGGUAUUUGCUGUUGCCGUGCGCGGGCAGCGAGAUACGAGUGAAGCUGCUGCGUCAGCAUCGGUUGGUGGCCAACGUGGGUGACAUCUACUCCCCGACGUAUAUCAAGCUGGAGGGCGUCACGCCCGGCGAGCGGUAUCUCAUGCGUUUCGAGCCCAGCAACGAGGACGAAGCGUUGCGUGCCCAAAAAGUGCGACUGGCUUUGAGCAGUGAACGCUUGUUCCGGGAUCUGGCUGAGCUGCCAGAGAAUAUAACGGUAUUCGAUGUUCGCACUCGCUGCACCAGCACCACAAUUGCCUGGCAUGGCUCACCGGAUGAGCGAGCCCUGAGCUACUGUGUGAUUGUGUUUAAUCUGCCGCCACGCAGCGUUGUCGACUACACCAACUAUUGCAUGGACUUUGGGGCACUGCGGAUAACGCAGCACAAGAAUUUCAAGUACAUACGCUGUCGCGAGAAGCAGAACAGCAGCAUGGACAAGCUGGAGACGGAGACCAUACUCAGUCUGACGCCCGGCGACAGUUAUUUGAUCUAUGUGACUGCCAAUCUGAGUGUGGGGAAGCCGUUGCCCUACCAGACGUUAACGGUGCACAUGGGCAGCCAGUGCAUGGAUGUGGAGUCGCAGGAGCAGCCCGAAUACUACUAGGCGUAUGCGCAAUGCAUUUGUCAAAAAUGAUCAACAACAACUAAAAAACAAAAACAAAAUGAUAAAGAAAAACUAUCCGUCGUUGUAAAGCUACCUAAUCCACUAAACUAAACUAAACUAAACUAAACUAUGCAAUACCAUACUAUACUAUAACUAUGCGGGUUUUUGCGCUAAGCAUAAAAGACUAUAUAAUUAGAUUAUAUAUAU